AUGCCGAGACGAAUCCCUCAACUCCCAUCAGAAAUCAGUUCAGAUAUUCUCUCAAGGCUGCCUGUCAAGUGUCUGGUUCGUUUCAAGUGCGUAUCCAAGGCAUGGCGUUCUCUAAUCUCCCAUCCUGAAUUUGCCAAAAUGCACCUCAAGCGUACCAAGGAAGACACCAAUGGUAACCACUACAAAAUCUUCCUCUCCACCCAUCCUCACCUAUCCGUCGAUCCUGAAGCCUAUUGUGAUCCUGAUGGUAAUCUUUUAACAACCGCCCUCAACCUUCCUGUCAGCUAUCCUGCAUAUUCUUGGAUUGAAAUCCUGGGAUCUUGUAAUGGCUUGGUGUGUGGACUUUUGCACGAUAAUCCGCUGAUCUAUAUAUGGAAUCCAUCCACUAAAGAGUCCAGGGAAUUGGCCAUGCCGGAUUAUUCGGAAGAUGGCUUUUAUGGAUUUGGUUAUGAUUUCAAGCUUGAGGAUUACAAAAUUUUAAGUGGUUCCAUCUCUAGUUCCACCAAUAGUACUGAUGGUUCUAUGAUUGAAACUAAGGUUGAGGUAUUUACCUUAAAAAGCAAUAUGUGGAGAACAGUCAAAGACCUUUGUUGUAGUGUUGUCUUGUGGGGUCCGGGUAGAUUAGCAAAUGGGGUUUUGCAUUGGCUAGUCAGCCAGGAAAAUGGUGGAAGUAAAAAGUGUAAAAUGGUUUCAUUUGAUUUGAUAAAGGAGAAAUUCCUAGAGAUGGUGCCGCUUCGAGGUCUAACUGAUGAUGAAAAUAACGGGGACUUGGAAUUAGAGGUUUUAGGAGACUGGCUUUGUCUAUAUUCUCACUAUGGCCAUUCGAGCUGCGAGGCAUGGAUAAUGAAGGAAUAUAGCAGCGAGGCUUCUUGGACCAGAUUUUUGAGGUUCAAAGGCGAACCAAUUCCAGGAGGUUUGUAUAGUUUUCGACUAUUAUGGGUGAAAAAGAAUGGUAACAUUGUUUUUUAUUUAGAUGGAAGGGAAUUAGUCUUUUACAACCCAGACGAAGACACAGCAAGACCAUUCAUCAUUUACCAUGACAUGGAUUUGUUUGACUCGACUGUAUAUAUUGAAGGUCUUGUUUCCCCUAAUAAUCUUAAUGAUCAUGGCCUCCUACACGAUAUUUGA